AAUGGCGGACCUCAAAAACGUAGUGUUGUCGACAAAAGGAGCGUUACCUUUACUGUCCUCAUUACAAUGUAAAUACAGCCCAGAAGACUAGAUAUCAUUUACUCCAUGGCAUUGGCUAAAAGAGAGAGCCAGUUGUCUGUCAGUGCGCUCGGAAAGCCGUCGGCAAGAGAAUCGGACAGAAAACGCAAUGUCAAAGUACUUGAUGAAGAAACUUACGUGCAGUCUUUGAAUAAAAUCAUUCAAAGAGACUUUUUCCCCGAGCUUCCAAAACUACAAGCACAACAUGAAUAUCUGGAUGCUGUUGAACACAAUGACGUUGAGAAGUUAAGGGAAAUAUCAGCUAGGUAUCAAGUAACACGUACACCAAGUGGUCGUUCAGCUACUCCAGCCACAUUCGAAACUCCUAGCACAAUUUGUGGAACACCAGCACCAUCUGAAACAAUUCCAGCUAAUGACACGGAAGCUUAUGGCUCUUCACACGGGAAAAAGAUAGCAGAAAGCAAGCCAAAGAGUGAGAAACAAGAGUCUGACUUGACACUGGAUAGGUUUCUAUCAAAAAAUACUAGUGAAGACAAUGCAUCAUUUGAACAAAUUAUGGACACGGGUAUCCAGAAACACCGAGAGAAAUAUCAAUGGCUUUUUGACAAAGAAAAAGAACAGUUAGAAAGGAAAGAGAAAAUCCUGGCUUUGCCAGCCUCUGAAGAAGGUGAUCAAUUCAAAUAUGAAGACAGACCUUCAAUGAUAGAGACAUGGAAUUAUACAAACAAAAAUGUUCUUAUGUACUACCCUGAUGGUGUUGAUGCAUCUGCUCAGGAGAAAAUAGAGGGUAAGUAUACAAAGAGACAAGAAAUACGACAUGAAAAUAGCAGGUUCAACAAAGAUCCAUUCCCUGAUGAGUCUUGUGAUGGCAAGCUGGCUGCUGCUGCUGCAACUCACUUGGCAGCAAAACAGGGCAAGAUAGGAGUUGAUGGCCAGGUUCAAGGAGUUAGCGAAACACCCAGAGUCAAUGGGUAUGGUUUUGUGGCAACACCCUCUCCUGCUCCAGGUGUAGAUGCAUCACCCCUAAUGACCUGGGGCAGUAUAGAAGGAACACCUUUUCGCUUGGAUGGUGGUGAUACCCCAAUUACAGCCACACCUGGCCCAACUUUUAAAAUGCCAGAACCCAAGAAAAGAGACCAGUUAGGUCUAGCACUGGCUGACAAGGUCAGUAGGAAACACAGGGAGAAACGAAGAGAUGCUUUAGCAAAGGCUACGGCUUUGAUUGGCAGGAGCCCAAAACACUUGAACACAGUGGACCGUCUGGGGCAGAUGUCUCCUGCAGGACAGCGAUUGGCCUCACAAAGAUUAGGAAUUAGAACAGGAACUGAUAAGUCUUUACGAGCAAGUUAUACACCAUCACCUCAAAGAUCACGAAGCUCAACACCAGCUCGUCUCCAUCAAUCAUCUCCCGCCACAACACCAAAGGAUCAUAGUUCAACACCAGCUCGGGGUGUAUCCCUAACAGAUAACCUCUUAAAUCUACCAAAGCACUGACAUUCAGGACAUAGCAUAUUGGUCCUCAAGUCAGCUGUCAUCUGUGUUACCCUUGUAUUAAAAUUUGAAAGAUGUUGGAAUUAGUAGCUGAGAAUUUUUAAGGGUUUACAAACAAUAUAUUGUGUAUUAGAAAUAAUGUUUAUCCAUUUCACUCACUCGGUAAAAUGUCAUUUACAAUCCGCAAUCAGUGGAAUUUGUCCAGCGGCAGUUACUGUUAUUUACCUUCGGUGUUGGAGAAUCUGCAAACCCUAACUCUUGGGAAAGAUUCUACUCGUGGAUAGAACCACUGACUUCUGUAAGCGCCUUCCAUUCAACGCAAAUGAGGAGGUUUUUGGAGGCUAUUUAUAGAAUACUUGAGAAGUCCCCUGACAAGGUAGAUCUUGAACGUGUUUACACCAUUACCGCAGAAGAUGAUGACCAGUGAUUAUAACUUGCAAUAAAUUACUGAUGACUUUUAGCGAGAACACAGAGAGAAAAAUUAUUACUUCAAGCUUGAGCUUUCUAUUUAUGAACUGAAAUAAUGUCUUGGUAGCUCUUUAUUUGUUAGACGUGUUUAAUAGGGUAAUUUUAAAACGCGAAUUUCAA